CUGGCUGUUACAGUUACUUACUGCAUUGCCACUACUCCAUGCUCUUUUAGCGGUUCCUCUUCCUGACUCCUCUGCAGAAUUGGUAUUGGUGGGGUUGUCUUCAUUUUGGUCCUCAACUCCUAUUUUGGGUUCAAAACCAGGUUUUUUAAACUGGGUGUUGCUUGGUUCUUCUAUAAAGUCUGAGUUUUUCUGGCUUUUACAUGGUGGCUCUUUGAUGGGUUUUGAUCUGUGAGUGCUUCUGUGGUGAUAUAAAGUUAAAAAGAGUGUUUUUUCAGAGAAGAAGGAAGAGAUGGGGGACAAGUCUCAAGUAUUGGAGGCUGUGCUGAAGGAAACUGUGGAUUUGGAAAACAUACCCAUUGAGGAAGUGUUAGAGAAUCUGAGAUGUAGCAGAGAGGGGCUUACCUCUGUGGCUGCUGAGGAGAGGCUGGUCCUUUUCGGUCACAAUAAGCUUGAAGAGAAAAGGGAGAGCAAAUUCUUGAAGUUUUUGGGGUUCAUGUGGAACCCGUUAUCUUGGGUCAUGGAAGCUGCUGCUAUCAUGGCCAUUGCGCUUGCAAAUGGAGGAGGGAAGCCCCCGGACUGGCAAGACUUUGUGGGAAUUAUAGUCCUGCUUUUUAUCAACUCGACAAUUAGUUUCAUUGAGGAGAACAAUGCAGGUAAUGCUGCAGCCGCUCUCAUGGCUCGUCUCGCUCCAAAAGCCAAGGUUCUUCGAGAUGGAAGGUGGAAUGAACAAGAUGCUGCGAAUCUCGUUCCCGGUGACAUUAUCAGUAUUAAAUUAGGAGAUAUUAUACCAGCCGAUGCUCGUCUUCUUGAGGGAGAUCCAUUGAAAAUUGACCAGUCUGCGCUUACUGGUGAGUCCCUUCCGGUCACAAAAGGCCCUGGAGAUGGUAUCUACUCCGGUUCAACUUGCAAACAGGGAGAAAUUGAAGCAGUGGUCAUUGCCACAGGUGUGCAUACCUUCUUUGGGAAGGCUGCUCAUCUUGUUGAUACCACCAACCAAGUGGGCCACUUCCAAAAGGUCUUGACUGCCAUUGGGAACUUCUGUAUAUGUUCAAUUGCUAUUGGGAUGAUUAUAGAAAUUAUUGUUAUGUAUCCCAUUCAAGACCGCGAGUACCGCCCUGGAAUUGACAACCUUCUUGUGCUUCUCAUUGGAGGAAUUCCGAUUGCCAUGCCUACGGUUCUAUCAGUGACAAUGGCUAUUGGUUCUCAUAGGUUAGCUCAGCAGGGAGCUAUUACUAAGAGGAUGACAGCAAUUGAAGAGAUGGCAGGCAUGGACGUUCUUUGCAGUGACAAGACUGGAACUUUGACAUUGAACAAGCUUAGUGUUGACAAGAACCUUAUUGAGGUUUUUGCAAAAGGAGUAGAUGGAGAUACUGUUGUCCUAAUGGCAGCUCAAGCCUCUAGAACGGAGAAUCAGGAUGCAAUAGAUUCUGCUAUAGUUGGGAUGCUGGCUGAUCCAAAGGAGGCACGUGCUGGCAUUCAAGAAGUGCACUUCCUUCCUUUUAACCCUACUGAUAAGCGAACAGCUUUGACUUAUAUUGACCGUAACGGUAAAAUGCAUAGAGUCAGCAAAGGUGCACCAGAGCAGAUUCUAAAUCUUGCCCACAAUAAGUCGGAAAUUGAGCGUAGAGUUCAUGCUGUGAUCGAUAAGUUUGCAGAACGAGGUUUAAGAUCGCUUGCAGUAGCAUACCAGGAAGUUCCAGAAGGAAGGAAGGAGAGUGCUGGAAGCCCAUGGCAGUUUAUUGGUCUCAUGCCUCUCUUUGACCCACCUAGGCAUGACAGUGCAGAGACAAUAAGGAGGGCUUUAAAUCUUGGAGUGAAUGUGAAAAUGAUUACAGGGGAUCAACUUGCAAUAGGAAAGGAGACUGGACGCCGGUUGGGAAUGGGUACCAACAUGUAUCCUUCAUCUGCUUUGCUAGGACAGGACAAGGACGAGUCUAUUGUAGCUUUACCAAUUGAUGAGCUGAUAGAGAAAGCUGAUGGCUUUGCUGGUGUUUUCCCUGAGCACAAAUAUGAGAUUGUAAAGCGUUUGCAAGCUAGGAAACAUAUCUGUGGCAUGACUGGUGACGGAGUCAAUGAUGCUCCUGCCCUAAAAAAGGCUGACAUUGGGAUAGCUGUUGCUGAUGCAACAGAUGCAGCUCGUAGUGCUUCUGACAUUGUCCUUACAGAACCUGGUCUUAGUGUUAUCAUUAGUGCUGUUUUGACCAGUAGGGCAAUCUUCCAGAGGAUGAAAAAUUAUACAAUUUAUGCAGUUUCCAUUACAAUCCGUAUUGUGCUUGGUUUUAUGUUGCUUGCACUCAUAUGGAAGUUCGACUUUCCACCUUUUAUGGUGCUUAUCAUUGCCAUCCUCAAUGAUGGUACUAUCAUGACAAUAUCAAAAGAUAGGGUGAAACCAUCUCCUUUACCAGAUAGUUGGAAGCUAGCAGAGAUUUUCACAACUGGCAUUGUUCUUGGUAGUUACUUGGCAAUGAUGACAGUCAUAUUUUUCUGGGCUGCGUACAAGACAGACUUCUUCCCGCGCGUAUUUGGGGUGCCAACCCUUGAGAAAACUGCUCAUGAUGACUUCCGAAAGCUUGCUUCAGCAAUAUAUCUGCAAGUGAGCACCGUUAGUCAGGCCCUCAUAUUUGUAACACGAUCUAGAAGUUGGUCCUUCGUUGAGCGUCCUGGGAUGUUGCUUGUAGUAGCUUUCAUUAUUGCUCAGCUGAUUGCCACUGUAAUUGCGGUCUAUGCAAAUUGGAGCUUUGCUGCAAUUGAAGGGAUUGGGUGGGGUUGGGCUGGCGUGAUAUGGCUUUAUAACAUCAUCUUCUACAUCCCACUUGAUUUAAUAAAGUUCUUCAUACGCUAUGCUUUGAGUGGGAGAGCUUGGGAUCUUGUCAUUGAACAGAGGAUUGCUUUUACAAGACAAAAGGACUUUGGGAAGGAACAACGUGAGCUUCAAUGGGCACAUGCACAGAGAACAUUGCAUGGGUUGCAACCUCCUGACACGAAGAUGUUUACUGAACGAACGCAUUUCACAGAACUCAAUCAAAUGGCUGAAGAAGCCAAAAGAAGAGCGGAAAUUGCAAGGUUGAGAGAACUCCAUACACUGAAAGGUCAUGUAGAAUCAGUGGUGAGACUGAAAGGUCUGGACAUAGACACAAUUCAGCAAGCAUACACAGUCUAAGGAAGAUCAUUUAUGAUAUCUCACCUAAUACUGUUAAAGAUGCUUCAACUAGCACUGAGAGUAAAGACAUGUAAUGAACCUCUUGUUGUGAGUUAACCUUCAAACAACUUUUCUUCAUAUUUGAUACUAUAAUAUCCAUUUUCAGCACUCAA